CCAUGCAAGAAAGCAUACGUUUUGCUUCAUCGGGAGAUGACGUUAAAAUAUGGGAUUCCUCGUCUCUGACUGUGGUGGAGCAGUUCAACCCACAUACACCCCCACAUCCAGUCAGCUCACUAUGUUGGGCCAGCAAUAAUAGAUACCUGGCCACUGCUUCUGCCGCUGGUGAUAAAAUAGUUGUUUCAAGCUGUAAAAGCAAACCUGUUCCUCUCUUUGAAAUAGCUGAAGGAGCAAAACAGACAUGUGUGAGCUUGAAUUCUAGUUCUUCAUAUAUUGUGAGUGGAGGCCUUGAUAACACAGUUAAUAUCUGGGAUCUGAAAUCCAGAAGGGUUUACCGUAGCCUUAAGGAUCAUAAAGAUGAAGUCACGUGUAUUACAUAUAAUUGGAAUGAUUGCUACAUUGCUUCUGGAUCUUUGAGUGGUGAAAUUAUCCUACACAGUGUUACCACCAAUUUAUCAAGUACUCCCUUUGGUUAUGGCAGCCGUCAGCCUAUUCGACACUUGAAAUAUUCAUCCUUUAAGAAAUCCUUGCUGGGCAGUGUUUCUGAUAGUGGAAAUGUAACUCUGUGGGAUGUAAAUAGCCAGAACCCAUAUCAUAAUUUUGAAAAUACUCAUAAAGCACCAGCUUCAGAAAUCUGCUUUUCUCCAGUCAAUAAGCUGCUGCUUGUAACUGUAGGUUUGGAUAAAAGAAUUAUUCUCUAUGACACUUCAAGUAAAAAAUUACUGACAACAAUAGUAGCUGAUUUUCCUCUGACAACAGUAGACUUCAUGCCUGAUGGUACUACUUUGGCUAUAGGAUGUUCCCGGGGAAAAAUCUGCCAGUAUGACUUAAGACAACUGACGUCACCAGUGAAAACAGUUAUCGCUCACAAAGGCUGUGUGAAAUGUAUACGCCUUCAGUUCAGUAGCACUUUUUCCAAGUCUAACCUUACAGGUUCUUCAAAUAAACCUGUAUCCAAAAGAGUAGAAGUCAAAGCUGGUAGUAAUCUUGGAGGAAUUCAAAAUAUUGGCAUCAAAAACAUUGCCUCUCAAGCAUCAGCAACAGUUUCAUCUCAUCUGACACUGCCAAAUGAGAAUAAGGGAGAUGCUCUUCAGGAGAAAACAGGCUUUCCCCAUAGUUGCAGCCUGGAUGUGAUUCCAUCUAAAGAAACAGAUCAUGGGAAAAGUGCUGAUUUAAAUAAUUUUGAUGAUUUGGGUCGAAGUAGUUUAGGAGAUGUGUUUUCUCCAGUCAGAGAUGAUAUUAUUGCAAGUAAAGCGAAUGAAGAUCCUCAAGGAAAAGGAGAUGGUCUGGAUUUGCAGUCCUGCCUUUUGGGUUUGGAUUUUCUCCCACAGCUCACCACUGCCUUACCAGUAAAAAGAAACCCAGUGGGCAGUAGUGCACAAGGGAUACGGUCUAGCCCAUUACAUGCACUUUUGGGAUCUCCAAUUAAAGAAGAGGAAGAACGUCCAGAGACUGACACUAAGAAAAUAGAUCUUGGGAAACAAGAAUCUAAAGAAGUCUUAAAGCAGCUUUCAAAAUCGAGCUCAUCAAGUGCAGAAUCUGUAACCUUAAGUCCUCCACCAUCAUCCACUGCUGUAAAGGCUCCUGAUACAAAUGAGAGACUAGUGAAGACUAUUCAGGCCCAUCCUGCAUAUGAUCUACCAGUAAACGGUACUACCUCAAUAAGUCCAAAGAUAACAUCACCUGUCACUGCUGGAGUUGCCAGUUCAUUGUCAGAAAAAAUAGUAGAAACCAUUGGGAGUAGCAGACCAAAUGCACCUCUGACAUCAAUCCAAAUAAACUUCAUUCAGAAUAUGAUACAAGAAACAAUGGAUGACUUCAGAGAAGCAUGUCAUCGAGAUAUUGUGAAUUUGCAAGUGGAGAUGAUCAAGCAGUUCCAUAUGCAGUUGAAUGAAAUGCACGCUUUACUUGAAAGAUAUUCUGUAAAUGAAAGCUUAGUAGCUGAAAUUGAGAGGCUACGAGAGGAAAACAAAAGACUAAGGACUAAUUUCUGAAAGAUUUUCACUGCUAAUUUUAUUAGCAUGAACUCACUACAGGUGAUGUGUUGCUUAUGACAGAUCAUCCAUCAUCACUGAAGUGUUGUAUGAAGACCUGCUAUUAUUUUGAACAUGAAUCUUUUCUUCCAAAUAAAUGGUGUAAGAUACUAUAUGUAAUUAUAAAAUUUGUAACAGACAAACACUGUAUAAAGAACUCUUGCAAUACUCAUGCUAACCACCUUGAAAUACAUUCUUCUAACAGAAAAACUAAAAGGAUAAGUACAUUAUCAGAGUUUUAGCAAUAUGUGAAGUGCCUUUUUAUAAACAAAAUCAAACCAGGAUGGAUGCCUUUUGUGUAAGAACUUUUUAAUAUACCUACUUUUCUAUCUACUACUUUAUUUUUACUGCUGUGAGAAACAACCACCAUAGUUUGCCUUUCAGA